AUUUUUGAUUCCAUCAUGAUUGACCUUUCUCUUUAAUCCAGAUUAUCUCCGCACCUUGAGAAAGGUGUUCCGAAAGGACUUGCCCUGCCUCCCAUAGAUAUGGCCGUGUCUAGAGCACGGGGCAAGGACCCAGUGCUGGACAUAUCCUCUUGGACAGGUCCACAGUUUGAAGAAUUCAUCAGCCAACACAAACACGUCGUUGUCGGGUUGCAUUCCACCAACACGCCGCAUGGAAUGUCAUUUUGCUUCAAGCGAGCGGUCAAGUCUUCAAAAUUCAAGGAUGUGCACUUUCUUCGCGUGGAUUGUGACGCAGAGGAAUCAGAUUCGGCGGAGAUCCUGCGCGAACUAAUGUGGCUUCGUUUUAGACCAGUGAUGUGGAUGUUCCGAGAUGGACGACUGUUUUCUAAACUUACUGAUGUGAUUCAAGGCGCGACAUUUACAAACUGGUUGGAUGAUUGCCUUGCAGCGAGCGCUAUCGCGGAUUCCGCGCCGAUCAAUGUCGAAGAUUAUCUGUCUGGAGGAGAGGAACAGGGUGAGUCGGAGAAUGGUGAAGAAGAAGAAGGGCAGGAGGAUACGCCUGAAAGUGAGGAUUCUCAAGAUGCACCAGAAGAACAUGCCGACGAAGAAGACUCCCAACCGCCACCAGAAGGAAACCUCGUGAAGGAGGAAGCAGCAACAGAGGAUCUUGGUGAUAAAGAUGCAGAGAAUGUUGGUGAUGAAGAACCAGAAGACGCUGGUGAUGAGGAAUCAGGGGAUGUUAAUGAUGAAGAAGCCGAGGAUGAACAGGAACCGGAAGAAGAGUCGAUAUGCACUCAUCUCGCUACCAUUCGGAACGCUGACGUGCGCAACUGUCACAGUGAGCGCGUUUCGGAAAUUACAUCGCUCGAGGAGUUCAAUGCUCAGAUAUCGGAAAACGUCGUUUCGGCCAGUGUCUUCUACGACGGUCAUGACCACUACACCCAAGCCAUGACUCUCGUGCUUCUGUACAUUUCCGGUUUACCCUCAUACGACCAUAUGAAGUUUUCUAAAGUUGAUUGUGUACAACAUCCGGACAUUGCCCAAGAAUUGUGUAUUGAGACGAAUCAUUGUCCUCAGACUAUGGUGUUUUGUGAGAAUAAACAGCUGGCGGAAAGGCACGGUGCUGUAGACUCUGCCGAGUUUGAAAAUUGGCUGCGACCCUUCGUCCCAAUAAAACAAGAUGACAAACAAGAAGUCCCACCGCCUAAUACUACAGCCAUCCUGAGUGUAAUAGUAACUGCCGAGCCGGAAGAAAUGGACGAAGAGUCGCUCUCCGAUAGCGCGGCCACUGCUGUCCAAAUAACACCUUUGCCAAGCGACUCAGCGAUAAGUCUUCGUAGCACUUCUAGUCUACCUAUUCAUGGCGUCCGAUGCGAGGGCCGACAUCUGGACAGACCUUAUCAACACCGAUGGAUGAACUGGCCUCACAAACGAAGGUCCUUCCAUGACCCGGAGUAUAACUGUUACUUCGUCCCGACAGACAACGAUGACCAUGGCUUAGAGAUUGGACGUGCGAACGAGGGAGACUCGUACUUUAACAUGACGCUGAUACAAGGUCCCGACGCAGACCCCGGAAAAGUCUCAUUUGGUGUAGGAUUUGGUCCAGAUUCUACGGUGAAGGCGCGAUUUGAAUCUGCAGUGAUUCGCGUUGAGUUUGGUUACGACGGUGAUGUCGAAGGACGGUCAUUUCCUUUGCGAAUCAAAGAUAUACAUCCAAAGGAUGACGAGGGACAGUCCACGGAGGUCGUCUUUGGGAAGGAAUCGAACAUUUCGCUUGGGUUAUCUGUGGGACCUGGAUCAGCAGCGUCUCUAUCAAGUUCUGGUGGAUAUUCGCAGAACAAGCAAUAUACCCGGAAGACGGCAGCUCGUGUGCGAGGACAGGGGGUGCACAGCUCCAGUGCAGAGUGGACAUUUGUGGAAGACGUCGGUGAGGCCGGACGGCAAGGACUCGAUCCUCAGUACCAGCUGUUCGCUACGCUGCCGACUACACAGCGGACGAUAUGGAUUAAAUUUGGGCUAAAGCGAUUCUGAAACGGAAAGAUGGGUAUGGAUGGGGAAAUGAAGUGGUUUUGAAGUUAGGGUCAAAGGAAGAGCCUUACAGGAGGAAUAUCGACCUACUAGGCUGGCAGAAGGCUGGAUGAAUGAUGGAUUCUCCAUAUAAACUCACUUAUGUCCUGGCAUAUUCAUCUUUAUUUUCGAAUAUAUAUAUUGCCAGUGUUGACUCAUACUCGCACCUUGAGAGGCCGGCGCGUCUGGUCCAAAGGCUGAGUACAAGCAACGCCAAACAACGCGUCCUAAAUGACUGGCAAUAUGACCACGUGA